UGCUCAGGUUAAUUUAUUUAUUGUGAAUGUGCAAUUUCGGCAUAGAAGUGAUGAAUAGUAGGUCACCAGUUGAAGCAUUGGCUCACUACUGCAGCGGUCGUGGAAUCUGAGGGCGCGUUCUAAAUUGUAAACCCUCGCGAUCACACAUUGUUGAUUGGCUGCCGCUAUUUACAAACUAGACGAGCUGGAACGCGUUCUGUGUUGCACUGAUUGCAAGAAACCAGUCAUUCAGCCAGCCAAGCUGUCAGAGAGAUAUGCAUGUUUCAUGUUGCCCACUAGUUUUACCUGUCCAGCUUGUUUCCCAAGGCUGUGUCCAUAUUUUAUUUAAUCAAAGCGCACGUUUCCCGACGAAAUCUACGUGUAGAGCUGUGGACGGUGAAUUUGAAAAUACACCAGACAUUGAAUGGCAUUGUGGCAAAUAUUUGGUGAAACUAAACAUAACUUGGAAGUUCCCGGGAAAAAUAUUCCUAACAAAGUAUUCGCACACAAUGGUUCGGAGGGAGAGGAACCACAGCGGCAGACUGCGAUAUGGCCCCGACCAUUGGCUCAAAAGUGGACGGUGAUGCUCUUCUUGGGCACGUGUCUCCUUUACUGUGCCAGGAUGGCCAUGCCAAUCUGUGCUGUCAACAUGGCCACCACAUUUGGCUGGAGCAAGACGCAGUCGGGUGUGGUAAUGGGGGGCUUCUUCUGGGGUUACUGCUUCACUCAGGUGCUGGGAGGUCAUGUCAGCGACAGAAUUGGUGGUGAACGGGUCCUACUUCUUGCCACUACAUCCUGGGCUUCCAUUACAGCAUGCACCCCUCUGUUGGCGCAACUGGGCAUCAGUUCCCUCACCUCCAUGACGGUGGCCAGAUUCCUUAUGGGGCUAUUACAAGGUGUCCACUACCCCUCUUUGGCCAGUCUUUGUUCCCAACGAGUGGAUGAAGGGGAAAGAGGCUUUCUGAUGAGUACCAUGGGCAGUGGCUCUUAUAUGGGAACACUGAUGGUGGGAGGACUGGGGUCCGUGAUGUUGGAACGCUAUGGCUGGGAGAGUGUGUUCUAUGGCGCUGGUCUGCUCUCGGGACUGUGGUCAUUGACUGUGUGGAGAUUUCUACUGAGAGGUCAAAUGAACACAAUCCAAGUGCUGUCAAGCCAUGGAUCCAGUUCGGGUCUGUCAAAGAAACGCUGGCUAAAAAUGUUCAAACAGCCCUCUGUGUGUGCCAUGGUUUUUGCUCACCUAUGCUUCAGCAGUACUUGUUACUCAUUGAUGUCAUGGCUACCAACCUUUUUCAAAGAUACAUAUCCGCACGCCAAGGGAUGGGUGUGUAACGUAAUUCCAUGGUUGGUUGCAAUCGCAUCUGCGCUCUUUGGAGGCAUAAUUUCGGAUCACCUCAUUCAGCAGGGAUUUCGAACAUCAUCUGUUAGGAAGAUGAUGCAGUUCAUGGCCAUGGGUGUGUCCAGUGUGUUCCUCCUGCUACUCUGCAGGCCACUCUCAUUCCCUUCCGCUGUGAUCUUUGUCUCUGCUGCUGUGGGCCUGGCCACCUUCAACAGCAGUGGUGUGUCUGUGAAUGUACAGGACCUAGCCCCAUCGUGCGCUGGAGCCUUGUUUGGAUUUAUGAAUAUGUGUGGAGCUUUCACAGGUCUGGUGCUGGUCUAUGUUUCUGGAUACCUGAUUGAGGUCACAGCUUCCUGGGGUUACGUGUUCUCACUCUUCACAAUGGUGAAUACCAUGGGCCUCGGAGUAUUCCUCAUGUUUGGAGAAGCCAACCGUGUGGACUUGUGGAAUUUGUCUGAAGUCACUCGUGUAUGACCCACACAAAGACACUGCCAAUAACUUAGUGUGUAUAUCUGUGUAGGCUAUAAUGUCAGUCUAACAAAAUGGUUUGUGUAGAGAAUUGCAGGCCUAACUACAAUGUGCCUAUGAAAAAAUGACUUGUUUCUGACAUGUUUUAAAUUAUGCCUUCGUGCACCAGGUCUGAGAAUAAGAUGGUUUAAAAUAUUUAUAAUUCAAUGUUGCUUCACUUGGUAGAACUUUGAAAACAUUAUCUAUUGUCCCUGAAAUUGAAAAGCGAAACAAGACAACAGUAAACAUGUCAUCCCCCAUGAAUGAUGCAGCGACCCCCAUUGGACCAAUUGAGAUAUCUUGUGUGACUAACACAUUUUAGUUGACCACAGAUGAGCUUUUAUAUAUCUAACAAUGAAAAUAAAUGUCUUUAAAAAUGGAGGGCAGUUAGCCUGGGUACCAGUCCAGGUCUUGACAUUCAGGUAAAUGUGCCAGUGGCACACUGGGCCAGUACCAAGUGAAAACUACUGGCCUGAAUUUUAAAAUUACUGACCCAGGCCAAGAUAUCAGGAAAGCACGCAGAAUUUAAAUCUGGGUGAUUUCACGUUUAAUUUGCAGUUUGGGCAAAUACCUUAUAUUAUAGCCAACCAUAAAAUCACAUAUUUAUUUACACUGAUUGUUUGGAAAACAAAAAUAAAACCAUGCCCCCCUCUCAAUGAUGACAUAUAGCCUAUAUUAAACCGUUUAAAAUGUAAUAUUCCCCUCCAAAAAUUAGCCUAGUAACAUAUUGAUGAAAAGCAAUAUCUUUAGAUGGUCCAUAUGAUCAGGCAGGUGUGCUAUUUUAGCAAUAAGCAUGAUCACCUGUCUGACCCAUUAUCAUGGCUAUAUGGCUGAAGCAUGAGGUUGCUUCUCUACAUGGUUUACCCCAAAGGGCUAAUCAUUAGUCACAGACUAAAUAUGACCUUGUUGCUUGUAUAAUGUCUUUAAAAAAACUCCCACUGGCAUUCAUAAAAUCAUGUAAUUGUUAUGUUUAUAAAUAGUGUAAUUGUGUGAACUGUACAGUUAAUAGAGGCCUACGUAAAACACAUGCAAAUGGCAGACGCAGUAACUUUUUAAAAUUGUCAUGAUAGACACUAAAGAUUGUAAAACGCUGCCAAUUGGAGUUGAGAAAUAAAUUAUAGCCCUGUACCGCUGGGAUCCCGCUCUUUUCAAUCAUUUCCAUCAAAAAGGUUGUAUUUUCCAGAGAUUGCAUUUAAGAUUGUUGCGCAGAGACUGGGUUUAUUAGAACAGAUGUAUUUCUGCGCAGCAAUCAGCAGUGUCCAUAGUUCUGCGCUCUUGCCACCUGACAGUUGAUAUUCAACGAAUAAAUAAACGACAUUGCUCAUGAACAGCUUCGGGAAUUAAUCUGAUUUUUAAACAAUUAUAUAGGCCUAGACUACAGCAUAGCAUUAUUACAAUAUUGAUUUUUGUAUUUAACCAACAAGUGAUUUGUGUAAAUAGGCUAAUGUUCAUGUAUUGACAAGCAAGCAGCUCCAUAGUGUAGGCCUACAUGGUCCGUGGACCUUACAUAAAACCUUUAUUUGCUAAUAAUGACAUCGCUAUGUCUGAUAUGAAAAAAGACUGAAAGGUGGAGGACUUUUGAAUGGCGUGCGGAUGUUCAACAAUGAAUUGAUGGGCUUCCCGCAUCCACUUAGACGGGUGUAUCCAGGAAGUUGAGGAAGGGCGUCACUUGAGAUGAACAGGGAAGGCUUUGACAUUAUUGACACCGCUUGGAAGCAGGUUGAUAACAAGUGUGAAGCGUCAGUUGUUGGGAAGAUUGUGAAUGUAUGAUUACAAGUAGCUUUUAAAUAGCCUAUAUAUUUUUUUUAAAUGUAGUCUACUGUCCCAAGCGGGCCAUAUGAAAGCUUGAUUAACUGGCCAGGUCAGCCGGUAGCCCUGAAUGUCGAGUUUUGCAGUCUCUAGCUAAUCCACUCCUUAUAUAGCCUAUACUCCAUGUCAUGUGCCAAAUAAAAAACGCCACCUGCUGGAGAAGACAGAUUUUGUUCCGAGUUAUCCCUCUCGCUUAGCCUAUUCCUCUCUGGUGGGACUCACAAAUAUCAGUUAAUAACUAUAGCUCCCGCCUUGGGCCAAUUAGUGUAAUUUUGUAAAUGCCGGAUUUCAAUGGAAAAACGCAUAAUUCACCCACCUUUCGUAAACAUCGGGCCAGUGCUGUCUGAGAUAUCUCAUGUGACUAACAGAUGGAGAGACAGAAGGACAAUGGAGACCGAUCCACAAUCCCUCCCCGAUUUAACCUUGGGGGACAAUAAACAAAGCUAGUAGAAAGCAACUUUACGAGCAUCAGUGCAGUUUCAGCACCAUAGCCAG